AUGGACAAGGAGAGGCAUAUGCGAGACAUUGAAGGCAAGUUUGUGAAUGAUGAUGCUGAUUCAGACAAGUAUGUGAAGAGGAUGAGGCUCUUUGAAGAAUGCUACUCUGCUCGGAAGCAUAAAUAUAUCAGUAAAUCUUCAGCAUCAACUUCAUCAUUGAAGUCAUUUCCACGUGCUGAGAGGCAUAUGCGAGACAUUGAAGGCAAGUUUGUGAAUGAUGAUGCUGAUUCAGACAAAUAUGUGAAGAGGAUGAGGCUCUUUGAAGAAUGCUACUCUGCUCGGAAGCAUAAAUAUAUCAGUAAAUCUUCAGCAUCAACUUCAUCAUUGAAGUCAUUUCCACGUGCUGAUUUUGAGGCCAAUGCCUCAAAAGGAGCAUCCUAUGAAGUUGCAGCUCAGGUGAAAAAUGUGCAAGUUCUGGGCAUAGAAUAUAAAGAAAUAGGCUCAGACUCAGGGGAGAGAAUGUUUUCUCUAGAUUCGGAUCAUCUAGACAUCAAAGACCAGAUAUAUCAAGAGAAGUUGGGAUCACUCCAUGCCCAACUGCAGCAACUGGAAAAUGGUACUCACCCUGAGUAUUCCCAGAGGCUGAAGAAGCUAGAGGAAGAUUAUGAUGAGAGGAUAUUACAUAAUGACCUCUGGUAUGAGUUUGAGACUCAUCAGAUUGAACGGGAGUAUAUGGAAGAAAAGAGAGCAGGAAACAGAGACUUUGAGGAGAAGAAGGUUGAAUUGAGGGAACAAUUAAUCACUGACCUAGAAUGCAAGAAGAAAGUAAUUGAGAAGGAGCGAACUUCCAUGGAAUUGACUGGAGACUCAAUGGAGAUGAAGACAAUUUCAACACGGAAAUUACGAAGACGGCCAAAUGAGCAGCCCCCUCAGUUUGAAAAGAGAAGAAAACCAGCUCCAAGGCAGAUAUUUUACCUGCUUGAAAAAGACAAUGUGGCUGAGGACUUGAAGUGCAUCUCACCCAACACUGCCUCCUCUCUCACCUCAACUGCCCAGCCUGUGACAAAAGGUUCCAAUUCUGACUAUGGAGAUCAUUUCAAUGGAGAUGUGAGAAUUGAAGAUGGAAAACUGUUCUAUGACAAGAAAUGGUUUGUUUCUUUCAUUGUGUAUGGCUGUGCAUUCUUUCAUGAGAGCUCUUGGUAUCGGAGGGGUCAGUCAGUCUAUGUUGAAACGAAGAAAGGGAGUAAGAUAGCUGGCAUCAUCUCAGUCAUCCGCACAGAUAUGAUCUGGGUGAAGAAGACACAGAACAAUAAUCAGAAAUUGAGGAUCCAAUUGUCAGAAUUGGAGCAGGGCAAGUAUGCAUUGAGGAGAAGAGCAUCCUGAGCAUUCAGCCCAUUGGUGAAGUUGAUCUCAAUCCACUCAUGUGACUCAGUCAUUCUUCAAGGAGGAUUCAGCCAUUUCAAUGGCAAUUGACAGCUACUGUAUUUUUCAG